GCUACAUUCUAUCCCGUGAUUGAAUCGACCUUUAUUUUCAAGCAACAAGCCGCACGUUCUACAAUUUUUUGUACAAUGUUCGAAACGAUCAAGUAGUCGACAGCUUGUAAAAUCAGGUGACAUGUUUGUUAGUCAGUUGUGAAGUGAUACUUGAGCAUUAAAAUCCUCAUCACUUUUGAGUAUGAGUGAAUCAGUAUCUUUUUAAAAACCAACUAAUUAUGUUCGCCCAUGAAAUAUAUUCGUGUCACCAGUGGGUACAAAUCACUCAAUUUGCUUGGCAUGAAAAAAAGCGAAAUUGGAGUUAUUAUUGCGAGAGUCGAAAAUGGGCUCGACAAUGGCGAAAAAAAAUGAUAGAUUCGUUGAGUUAGAAAACGUGAUCUCAUUAAAUGAAGAAAGCGCGUCUCUAAAGAAUACAAAGGCAUGCUAAAAAGAGGCAUCGAGAUGAUCAUCGCGCCGAUUUUUCUACGAAUUUCCGAAGCUUUGUAUACGAGUCGAGGUAGCAGCAAGUGUUGGAGCGAGAAAGAGGUCUUUGAAAAGAGUCGCACAGAAGAGAUCCGCUCAUGGCGUCAAGGCCAUAAACCGUGAAACACGCGAUCUUGCAGAAGACCCAGGUAUAACGCGAGCGUGUAUUUGUGCAAAUACCAAGAGGAUCACAACAAGGUCUCAUUGAGUCCGAACAACCAAUUCCAGUUUCUAGCGAAUGAGCGAAUUGCUUCGGUUUUAUUCUCAACUGACAAGACGAUUGAGGCAGGAACCGCAAAAGCUUUCUUUACUAGUUCGCGAGUUUCUGGGUUGAUAACUGACCAAUUGAAAGAGUUGUUUGAAGAAUAGAUUUAUCAACGGAAAUAACGUUGUACGGAUAGCAAGGUACUGAAAAAUAUUCGUAAUUUGGGGCAUAUUUUCAGAGAGAACGGUAGCCAUUCAUAUUCUAAACAUAUAAUCCAUUAAAUAAUUAACUGCCGUAGAUGACGUAUUUUAUCACCGCACAGCAAUAAGUGCUUUUACCGUAUUUGAUAGGUCAAUGGAAUAAUUGUAAACCAGUUUAUAAACUGCAACUAUAACUAUUAUUAACUAUAUGCAGAUUGUUUUCUGCAUGUUAAUGUCUAAAUGUAAUUACGAUUUUUGAAUAUGAUGAAAUAUGUCUUUAUAUGAUUACAGCCAAUAUCAUAGAAAGACUUGAUGCAUUUUUUUGCAAAACGUAAAUUACGUGUGUUCGAAAAAUAUUGUUAUCUUCGAUACGAAAAAUUUCACUAAUUAUCAUUAAAUAAUAUUAUCGACUACAGUGAAAUAAAAAAUCAUUUGGUCUUACCUAUAAAUACAUAUAUAAUGCGAAUUAUUUCAAUUUGAACAACAGAAGUUAUCGCUAUGUGUAAACACAUGAUUCUCCACAAUACUAAUUCAGUUGUUCUAGAGGUAUUACUUUGGACGAACGUUUGUAGUGAACACGCACAACUACGAGAAAAGUGCGAGUGGUUUCUUUUCCAUAGUGAAAUACGUUGAGCAACGUAGUAUAUUGUGUAGAUAGGUAUGGCGUCAUAAUCAUUAAGCAACUUUAGGACACAGUCAGUAGUAUUGAUGAAUGAUAGAAAGAUAAUUUAUGAUACAAGUGGAGCUAAUAUAAGUUACACGUACAAUAUGAAUCAAGUACAGCAAUUUUCCAAUCAUAUUUCUCAGCCAAAUAAGCAAAUCUAUUGGGUCCCAAGUUAUAAUUGUUACUAUGAAUUCGUCUCGCCGGUAAUUGCGAAUACAUCACCAACAUCAUCUCCUUUAUUGCAUCAACCAUUGAAUAACUACAAUAAUUUACAUCCAACGUUGCCGGUUUCUCAACUAUCAAAUAUAGUACCCACGUCCAGCUUUUACAAUAUUUAUCCAAAUUUAUCUUGCAGACCCUUAUCAAUUUUUUCACAUAUUGUUAUACCAUGUAAAGCGACACAUGUUGAGUAUAUUACUGAGAGGAAGAAGAUUCGAGGUGAUUCCAACAAUACACCAAAUACUCCAUUGACUCUUAAAACUCAUCCUGAUGCUCAGAAUCCGCUACCCAAUCCAAAAGUUAAGCAUAGACGUAAAAACAAAACACGAAAACCAGACAACAAGCACAUUGUUGAAGUGACAAAUUCAGAAAUGACCAUGCAAGGAGAAUGCCAAUCCCUCAUCUGCAUCACCAAAGAUCCUGGAAUCUCUGACAACAAAACCAGCGCCAAACAAAAUUCCAGCAAGCAGCAGCACAUUUGUCAUGUAGAUGGGUGUAAUAAAGUCUACAACAAAACUUUAGAUUUAAAGAGACAUUUGCAGUGGCACUACAAGGACGAGAAGAAUAUCUUUUGCACAUACUGUAAGAAGAGUUUUCCACACAAGGAUUAUUUUAGCGAUCACUUUAAUAUGCACAGAAAUACUAAUGAAAGGAAAUUUAAGAUUACAAGAGACAAGCAUCAAAUCUUGGAUAAGAAUCCAGUAAAAUCCGAAUUGGGAAAUGUUUAUGAGAUAAAUGAGCCUUGGGAGCCGGUAGCGACAUCGACUCCUAAGAAUGAAUUUCCUUCAAAUAUUUUAAACAAACAAUUUCAAAACGUACUGCCUCAAUCACCACCUGAAUGUACGAUGAUACAUGCAUCAAAAGAUCAUAUUAAGUCUUAUGCUGAGAUAUUAAAGUCGGAAAAGCAAACUAGCGAGAUAGAGGUAAUCCAAAAGAAGCCAAAAAGGAGACCAAAAAAGCAAAAAUCUCGAGGGCAAACAGAAUUACAACCACCUUGCUAAUUUCAUAUUUAAUAUUGGCACCCUUGAGAUCAUCUCAUAAUAAUAAGAAACUUUUUAUUUUUUGUUGGUUUUUACACGAUAAGAAAAUUGUGAAAAAUUAUCAAAUUAACAACCACAUGAAAAUGUAUAUAAGAUCUUUUACGAAGAAUGUGAAAUGUUGGACCUUUACUCUAAUUUCCAUGUAAAAAAAUGUCUAGUACUGUAUGAAAGAUUAUGUACAAAAACGAUUUUAUACGAUAUUCAUCAACGACCAAAAUUACUUCAUUAAAUUAGCUAUCCUAAAAAGUGCAUCAUCGUCAAUCACGUUGAUAUCGGUGAUUUAUUUGUAAUAAAUAUGACGAACUAUUAUUGAUAAAAAUAAUAAGAAUAUAGUAUUAUAAGUUUUUAUUUAUCGAAAUUAUACUUGUAUAAUGCAUGAUUUCACAUUUUUAGUAAAAUAUGUAAUCAACUAUUGUCAUAAAAAUUAUAUCUAUUUUAUGUAUUAACACGAAGUUUUUAGACAACAUUUUGUAAAACACGUGGCUAUUCAGUAUAAAAUUAUACAUUCGUCUUUCAAAGAACUAUUUUUAUCCAUGCAACAAACGCUAACUUAUUCUUACAUAGAUAGCUUAAAUUACAAAAAUUACGAACUUUGCUUUCUAAAUAUUACAACGUAGAUUAUUGCCGUACGUUGCAUUAUAUUCAUUACGAUAGUAUAAGUAAAUAUAAAAAGUUCAUGUGUUUUUAGAAAAAAGAUUAUGUACUGUAAAAAUAACAAUAUUUUUUUCAUUAAAUUUUUAUUUAAAUCUGUCUAACACUCUAUAUAUAAUUACAUUUAAUAAAAAUUUGAAUGCUUACAAUCCUUAAAUGACUACAUUUUCUGAAA